CCACGCCAGCAAUGAGUGCAUCAAUCGCUUCAGGUCUUGACAGUGGCCUGAUCCACUCUGCGUUGCUUGAGCUGCUCGCUUGCGUCUCUCUGUUGCUCAUCUCGAUGGCCAUCGCUGCUGAUCUUGGACUGAAGCGCUCGACGGGCUGGCAGACCUGGCCAGGUACUCGACAGCGAACGAGGAGACGCGCGCAACAGCCACUGUACUGGCCACCGCUGGCGGGCAGCUUGGCUCGGUCUAUGAGCAGUGCUGAGCGCUCGCCCAAGCGCCUCAGGGUAGAUCCUGAUCCCAUACAGCCAGUCCAAGUCAACGGGCGGCCGGAUGAAGCCUCCACGACGCCUCAAUCAACGACCACAAACGGUGACGCUCACCAAGGUGUACAGCCACCUCCAUUGACUAACGGCCAUCAAGCUGGAGACACACAUGAUCUGGACCGUCAGACGAAGCUCGCUCAAGCAGGAGACGCUCAAUUUGAGCUAGUCUACACAUUCACCGGCCACCAAAAGGGUGUCUGCGCAGUCAGCUUCAGUCCCUCCGGACAGCUGCUUGCCUCUGCCGGCGCCGAUGGUCUAGCACUCAUCUUUGACGUCUCUACCGGCCACUUUCUGCGCGCUCUGCGCGACGGCCAUACCGCCGGACUGAACGAUCUGAGCUGGUCCCCGUGCAGCCGCUUCCUUGCAACGGCAUCAGACGAUGCGACGGUACGGGUAUGGACUGUAGAGACUGCGCUCUGCGAUGCCAUCUUGACAGGACAUACUUCCUACAUUGGCUGUGUCGCGUACAAUCCGCAGGGCAAUCUGCUGGCGUCGGGCUCGUUCGACGAGACAGUCAUCAUCUGGGACGUGCUGGCAGCGCGUGCAUUGCGUACCCUCGCGGCUCACAGUGACCCUGUCUCUGCCGUCGACUUUAUCCGAGAUGGCUCCUUGCUCCUGACAUGCUCCCACGACGGAUUCCUGCGCCUCUGGGACACUGAGACGGGACAGUGUCUCAAGACACUCGUAGAUGAUACCAAUCCGCCUGCUAGCUUUGCGCGCUUCUCACCAAACGGCAAGGUCAUCUUAGCCUGCUCACUCGAUUCGACAAUCCGACUGUGGAGCUACCACGACGACAAAUGUCUCAAAUCUUAUACAGGACAUACCAAUGCCAAAUUCGCAUGCACAGCGACCUUCUUCCUUGCUUCCGACGGACGGCAGUGUGUUCUUUGCGGCAGCGAGGAUGGCACCAUCUGGUCUUGGGAUGUCACCAGCACUGCCAAAGUAGGGCAGCUGGUUGCGCAUACGGAUACGGUUACAUCAAUCGCUAUCCACCGCGACGGCAGAUUGCUUGCAUCAGGCGCCCUCGACAAGGACAAGACUGUCAAGGUCUGGCGAAGUGUCGACUAGUGCGCAUGCUUGUGCCUCCGCGAGUGUGAAUGCUUCGACUUGCUCGGUCUGUGCUCUUGCGAUUCUUUCAGCAGUCCAGCAUCGUCCUUGUCAACUGUCUCUGGCGCUUCCUUGCCAAGAAGUUUGUUAGCCUCUUGCAGAAUCAACUCGCUGCGAGUUCCCCAGCGUUCCUUGCGAUCAUUGUACGUCCAUUCUGUCCUUCCGUACUGCAGGACCGUGCCCUCACGAUGCAGCCAGGUGGACGCCCGCCACCACUCGUCGCCUCGACGAGAAAGCAC